AUGAUUAACACGGUUAACUCUCCAGAGAAAGCUUAUCAUAAUUUCAUUAACGGACUCCCAGUAAAUGAUGAAAUUAUCUUUGAUGUCAUGAAGUACUGCAUUAAGGUUAAUGAUUUAACAACUUUUAUGGAUUUUUCUGCCAAAUACGGAUAUGUAGACUUGCAGAUCGAUCAACUAAUUGAGUUACUUCAGCUGUCAUCAUUAACAUGGCCAUUUGCUGCAGCAAAAAUUGUUGAGAAAGAGCCAGAUGGAUCUGUUUGUAUUCCAUUAACAAGAUAUUUUUCUAUUUCUCAAUAUAAUGGAUCAAUUCCGGCACAAGUUGCAGAUAUUAUUAUGAAAGAUCCUGAUUUACAAUCAAAACUCAAUGCUUUUGACUGUAUCAACUUGCUGUCAAUGGUUAAACCAAUGAUCACAGAUAUUUCUCCAUUAAAAUCUCUUCUCGCAAAAUUUGGAUUGAUUGAUGAAGAUAAAAUCACUCGAAACCUUUUUGAUAUCAAAAAAUUGGUUUUCAACUCUCCUAAAAUCAAUCAACUUGCGAAAGAGGAUAUCAACGGAUUCGUAAAUAUCAUUCCUCCAUAUUUUGAUUUCAUCAAAUAUGCCAUUGGAGUUGAAGUUUCAAAAGAAUUCUUUGAUAAAAUUGUUAAUUUUGUCAUCUCAUUAAUUCCUCAGAAAGAACAAAAAAACAUUUUAAGAGCACCACAAGAAGACUUACCGACUGAUUUUGUUAAAUUUGUCACACAUCCUAUAAACAGGAAGUAUGUUGAUAUCAAAGAACUCUGCAAAUCAAGUAAGAAUAUGCCUCUUAUCAAAGAAUUCGAAUUUACAAAUGAAGAAUUUGAACUUCUCAAAAAUGUUAAUUUCAUGAAAGAUUAUUUCUUAUUCAAUAAAUACAAUGAAAAAUUCUUCACUCUUGAUGAAGUUCUCCAAUGUGUGUAUCCAGAGACAAUUGUCCAUUCAAUAUUGACAAAACCUUUGAUUGAUGGAGAUAUCGCAAAAAUACAAAAAUUCAUCUAUAAUGAGAAUGCGCGCUCAAUAUUCGGAUUACCUCGUCGUAGGAUUGAAUACAGGCCUAUUUUCGAGCGAGAUGAGAUUUGUAACGGUGUUAACACCAACACAUUGUUAAAAUUCCUUUCGCCGCAACAAGAAUUUGAUAAAAUUUUCAUUAAGAUUUUUGAUCUCUUGCUUUCAAAGAAAUUGGAUGAUGAACAAAAAGCAGAAAUGUUCCUAAAAAUCCCAACUAAUGAUGAAGCACUUGAAUUCAUUCUUUCUAGAAGAGAAAAAAUCAAUGAUUCAUGUUUGAUACUUUAUUCAUCUAGAGUUCGAGCAAACAAAAUUUUGCUCGAUGAUCCUGGUUUAUACAUUGUCGAAAAAGGAACUCCAAUAGGCGAUGUUUACGUGGAAAAGUUAUUCCGAUUAAAGAAAGAUGUUAAUUAUAAGUUUUUGUUCAAGUACAAUGUUUCCAAGCAAGCAAUGGCCAGAGCACUUAUUUCUUCAGCUGAAGCUUCUAAUAUUGGAGGCUUGAGUUUCUUGAUUUCUAAAGGAGUACCUGUCAAUAUAAUUCUUAAUUCAAAAACACCACUCCAAGCUGCAAUUAGCUCAAGAUUUGUUGAAGGUGUACAAAUAUUACUUAACCAAGGAGCAUCACUCGGAUUCAAGGGAAUACAAACAGCUGCAAUUUGUGCUGAAAAUUCUGAUGAUAUGACAUAUAUGCGACAAUAUCAACAUUGA